AGAAAGAAGAGUGGAGAAAAUGGUGCACGGAAGGGUUAACAGCUUUGUACUUGGACUUGUGUUCAUUUUCCUGGCUCUAAGGAAUUCAGCAGCUCACACCCACAAAGAUACCCAGCAGAAAAUGGUGGCUUCCAGAGAAAAUUUUAAUGCAGAGGCUACAGUGGUUGAGGCAAGCAAGAAAAAGUUGGGCGGAAGAAAAAUGGGGUCUGGAAGGAAAGAGGAAUUAAGAAUGAUGAACGGGUCUGCUGGCAAAGUGGACGGUAAUUUGCUGCGUGGAACAAGUGCUCAUGCUCAUCAUCAUCGUCAUCUCCAUCCCGUCACCCUCAUGACCGAAAUCGAAAGUUUUAAGAUUUUCAGUGCCGAUUAUCAUAUGCCAAAACCCCACCCACCUAAGCAUAACUGAUGAAUUUCACCUCAAUUUUGGUAGCUUUUUCUUCGGUUUUGAUUUUUAGCAAAUGUUUUGAGCAGAAAACAAUCGCGGAUUAGUAUACUAAUUGUAUGUAAGCAACAGAGUUAUUAA